CUGAAAAAAAAAGUCCGCUAGUGGAUUGCUCCCGCUCUCGUUCUCCUCUAUAUUCCCACUUCCCAAAAUCAAAAGCAGCAAAGCAGAGCGGCGGCCAUCUAUCUACCUACAUCUGUAUAUUCUCUGCUGGUUUCGAUCGCUCGACCUCUAUCGGAAAUAUGGUUGGACCAUCGAGGCCUCAAUUUGUUCUGUUCGGAUCCUCAAUAGUUCAGUUCAGCUACAGCAACCAUGGAUGGGGUGCUAUUCUUGCCGACUUUUAUGCUCGAAAGGCAGACAUAUUGUUGCGAGGAUACUCAGGUUGGAAUUCAAGGAGAGCUCUGCAGGUUUUGGAUCAAGUUUUUCCGAAGGAUGCUGCUGUACAACCUUCACUGGUGAUAGUCUAUUUUGGAGGUAAUGACUCGAUCCACCCUCAUCCAACUGGCCUUGGCCCUCACGUCCCACUUCCUGAAUAUAUCGAUAACAUGAGGAAGAUCGCUAAACAUCUGCAGAGCCUUUCAGAGAAGACUCGAGUUAUCUUUCUGAGUGCUCCCCCUGUGAAUGAGGAACAAAUUGGCAAAUCCCUGAGUGACAGAUUCGAUAUUGUGCGAACAAAUGAAAGCUGCAGAAUAUAUUCAGAAGCCUGUCUAGAGUUGUGCCGUGGAAUGAACGUGAAGGCAAUUGAUCUUUGGACUGCAAUGCAGCAAAUAGAUGAUUGGAUGAACGUUUGCUUUACGGAUGGAAUCCAUUUUUCUGCAGAGGGUAGCAAGAUAGUUGUAAAGGAGAUCAUGAAGGUGAUUAAAGAGGCCAACUGGGAACCUAGUCUAUAUUGGAAGGCAAUGCCAACGGAAUUCGACGAGGAUUCACCUUAUUAUCCGGUCGAUCACGAUGGGGCCACUGUGAACAUUUCAGAAUCAGACUUCCACAGAAUGGCAGAAUGGGAAGAAAUCUAAUAACACCACUCGUUUUUUUUUUAUUUUUUUUUUCUGGCACAUGAGCUCCAGAACCCUUAGUCAAGUUUUGCUCUUUAACAAUCCGAAUUUACAUCUCAAGGCUUAUUUGGAGUACUUUUAGACAUUCACAUUAAUAAUUUCACAAAGCGGAGAGGACAAUCUUUGAC